ACAUAAGUUCAACUAAUCACGAUGUUAUUGUCUAAAGUGCUUAGCCAUAUCAGCCUAGAGCCAGUAAUGUUCCUUUACUUCACUACCCUAGCACUGAAUGUUUUGAGCUCCCAGAACCUUCUACUACAGAAGGUGUGUCUUGGGGGAACAGUUGCGCCACCCGCCGGUGCGGGGAAGUGUCCCGACGAGCUUGGGGCUCAGAAGGAGGUGACGUUCAUACAGACAUGGAGGGAUCUCAUUGUACUAGUCGGACCAGUGGUGUUUGUAAUGUUUGCUGGCCCUUGGAGUGACAAUCACGGAAGACGCAGAAAACCCCUCCUAUACCUGCCAAUAAUAGGACAAAUAAUUGCAGAUCUACUGUGUGCCUUAAACGUGUUCUUCUGGAGUUGGUCUCCAGCCAUCGCGGCUUUGUCUUCGUCCGUUCCCCCUGCUUUGACAGGUUGGCGGUCCUGUUUCCAAAUCGGAGUGGCAACACUAGUGUGUGACCACACCCCUGAGAAGUUCAGGUUGGUGAAGGUUGGAGUAUGUUUUGCCACAUAUUUCUUAGCAUCUCCUUUUGGUGCGUUCGUAUUUGGACUGAUUUUCCACAAAGUCGGGUACUAUGGGAUUUAUUGCCUAGGUGUUACUAUGAAUUUGACAGCUAUAGUUUAUUUGUAUCUGUUGAUACCUGAAAAUCCAAUUGAGGGUCAGGUGAAGUUGAAAGUUUGGGAGAAAUUGUUUGACCCCUCGCAAGUAGUUCAGUGUUUCAAAACUGUUCUUAAGCCUAGAGAUGGAUAUAACAGAGCAAUACUGUUGUUGUUAAUAGCAGUGGCCCCAUUGACUAUGGCACCUUUGCAGGGAGAGCUGGCUGUAUUGUAUUUCUUCUUGCGAUACAAGUUCCAUUGGGAUGCAGUUGACUUUGGCUACUAUGAAGCUUACAAGCUCAUAAUCAUUUUCUUUGGGACUUGUCUGACGUUGGGGGUGUUCAGUCAUAUGUUUGGUCUAUCCGAUGCCACCAUUGGAGCCAUGUCAAUGGUGACUCUAAUCAUAACUGCGACAGCCAACGCCUUUGCUGCAUAUCCAUGGGAGCUGUUUGUUUUCCCAAUAAUAGACUUUAUGCAUGGGGCUGGUUUAGCAGUGGUGUAUUCUAUCAUAUCAAAAAUUGUUGACUCUUCAGAAUCAGGUCAAGCAAACAGUAUGGUGGGGAUAGCUGAAGCACUCUAUCCACUGAUCAACAUGCCGCUUUAUAACCAAUUUUACAACUAUACAUUUGAAUAUUUGCCAGGCGCGUUUUUCCUACUUAGUGUUCUCUAUGGAAUUUUAUCUUUCCUAAUAUACUUUGCAAUUUUUAUCCUUCAGAAGAAAACUAAGCAGAUGGAAGAAGAAGUACACCCUGACAAAAACAACCCUACAAAAUAUUGCAAAACUUACGAUGCAUCUUAAUAAAAGAAAAAUUGUAUUGAUAUUAAUUCAUUUCCUCUCUAUUUAAAACGUUUUUAUUAGCUCGCUUUCUUGUC